AUGCAGGGUCUUGAAGCUAAAAAUGCCAUCUCAAAUUACUGGGAAAAACAUAUUGGUCUUCAUCCACAUCCUCCACAUUGGUUAGCUGCAAAGGCUUCUCCAUUAAGCCUCCAUCAAGCUACAGUUUUUAUGAAACUUAUAGAAGAAAAUGAAUUGGCUUCUCACUUGCAUUCAUUUUGUAAGCAGGCUAAUAUUGCUUGUUCUACAAAUGCACUGGUGAAGAAGACAUCAGAAGGCGCAACCCUACCACCUAUAGCCCAAUGGAAUGGUGUCAAAGAGACAUAUGAUAAACUUCCAAAAGAAACACCCCUAUCGGUUUCCAACCAAGGGGGAUUGCCUUAUUUUAGGGAGUCAAUGGUGAAAGAGGGAGGUUUCAUGCCCAUCCCUGAUUUAAGGGACCCAAUGUCAUAUAGGUCAUUCUUGCCGCGAUCUCUAAUGUCAAAUAUCCCAUUUUCUUAUGCUCGGAUUAAGGAAUUGAAGAAUAUUUUUGGUGUGGUGGAUGACUCAGACAUGGAUGAGUAUAUACAAAACACCAUCAAGAUAUGUGAGAAAAACCCCAUUCGAGGCGAGCAAUACACUUGUGCAACUUCCGCAGAGGAUCUCAUCGACUUUGUUGUCAAGAAAUUAGGGCACCAUCUAUGCAUAUGGAGUAUUGAGAACGUCGAAGAAUCUUAUGAGAAUGUCACAAUUGGAUCUGUAACACUCAUACAUGGAAAUCUCUCUGAACCACCAGUUUUAUGUCAUAGUAUGCCAUUCCUAUUUCAGGUUUAUUAUUGCCAUGUUUUCCAGAAUGUUAAAGUAUAUGCAGUUGAUAUACUUAUCAGGAAGAAAGUGGAUCAUAUGAUCAUGGCAUGCCACUAUGACACAUCAACUUGGAAUCCAAACAAUAUUGCUUUUAAGCAGUUGGGUUUUGGCCCAGGCAUAAUUGAAGUCUGUCAUUGGAUAAACGAAAAUGGAAUGGUUUGGACAAAGACUCUAGGGUGA